AUGGUACAAGUUAUGUGCAUAACUGAGCACUGGCACAGAAAUAGUGAAAUAAUAUUCCUUAAUAACAGUAAUUAUACAGUACAAAGUUCAUUCGUUAGAAAGGAAACCAUCCAUGGUGGCUCUCUUAUAAUUGUAACUAAUAAUUUAAAAUGUAAGGAACGUUCAGAUAUAGUAAAAUUAUCAGUCGAGCGCAAUGUAGAAUUAUCAUGUGUUGAACUGGAACAGUUUGUUAUAAUUUGUGUAUACAGGCCUCCUUCAGGUGAUUUUAACACUUUUGAAUCAGUAAUGGAAAAUUCUCUCUCUAAACUUAAUUCCACUAGUAAAUCACUUUUAGUUUGCGGUGACUUCAAUGUUAAUAUUUUAGAAUCAUCUUCUUUAACUACAAGGUUGCUAAACUUAUUUAAAUCAUUUAACUUAGUAAAUUUAUUUCUAGAACCAACUCGAAUUACGGCAACCUCGUCAACCUGUUUAGAUAAUAUAUUUACUAAUUGUAGCGCCACAGAGACUCUGAUUACCAAUGGCCUAACUUCCGAUCAUUGUGGUCAACUGGCGCGGUUUCCUGAUAAAAAGAAUAAAAUCAAGCGGGAAAUAACAUGUCGGCCCUUAACAACCAGUCGUUUUAAUAGGUUUAAAAAUAAUAUUAACGCGAAACUAGACAGUGAAAUAUUAAAUAAAAACAAUCCCCAUUUAAUGUACGGAGCACUAUUUGAUAUAAUAAAAUACGAAUUUAAUUCUAGUUUUAAAACCAAAACGCUCGUACUAAAAGAAACGGCUAACUUCAAUGAGUGGGCUACCCCCGGCAUUUACAAGAGUAGAGCUAAGCUGUAUGAGUUGUAUGAAAUGAAAAAUUAUAAUUUUGAUGAAAAUUUUAUUAGAUUUGUUAGGAAUUAUUCUAAAUUGUUUAAAAAAGUUUGUCAUGCGGCAAAAUCAAUGUAUUUCAGUAAUAAAAUUAAGAAUAGUAAGAGUAUAAUAAAAGCGACGUGGAAUAUUAUAAAUAGCGAGACCGGGAAAAUCAAACAGCGUGAUAAUCAGUAUAAAAUCAUUAAUGAGAAUCAAGUUUAUGAGAAAGAUUCUGAUGUAGCUCGCGAAUUUAAUAUACGUAAGGCAAAACCUAGAUUCAUAUAGUAAAAACAGCGACGUACAUCAUUUUAAUA